GCUCGGCCCGCUCCGCGUCGCUCCGCUCCGCCAUGGGGGGCGACCUCGCCUCGUCCUGCCUCCGCCUUCUCGCGGCGUCCUUCUUCGCGUCCUUCCUCGCGUCCUCGGGGACGUGCUCAGGGGCCGCGGACGCCGCCGACGCCGCGGAGCCCAGGGACGUGCUGAUCGACAACGGCGGCAGCGUCGUGGUGGAGAACCAGAGCUUCUUCCACGUCCACGACCUGGACAGCUUCGCGAACAGCCCGCCGGGGGACAGGGACGGCGGCUUCUUCUUGCCGUGGCUCAACGCCAACUACUGGAACCGCCCGACGUCCACGUCCACGUCAACGACCACGUCAACGACGACCGUCAGUCCCACCAGCCACCACCGGAAAAACAAGCGGCCGAACACGCUGACGAAACCCUGGAAACCUUACAUCGGCUGGCAGCCCUUCAACGAGAAGCCGGCCAACCGGACGACCAACCCGGACAGCAUCCUCGGCUACGACAUCCCCUGCGGAAUACGGAACGUGGAGGAGUCCGACAGGAUCGUCGGCGGUUCGGACGCGCUGCGAGGUGAAUUCCCUUGGCAGAUCUCCCUGCAGAGGAAGAAGGUGUGGAACCUGCAGCACGUCUGCGGCGGCGCCAUCCUCGCGCCCUACUGGGUGGUGACGGCGGGCCACUGCGUGGACGGCGUGCAGCCCAGCGACCUGUCCGUCGUGGCCGGCGACCACGACCUGUACAAGGUCGAGGGGUCGGAGCAGCGGCGCGCCGUGGUGCGCAUCGUGGGCCUGGGCUACGACAGGAACACCUUCGCCAACGACAUCACCCUCCUGCAGCUGGACAAACGGCUGCAGUUCGACUCGCAGCACGUGGCUCCCAUCUGCGUGCCCAAGCCGGGCCACCACUACCGCACCGGCAACGCCGUGGUGGCGGGCUGGGGCCGCCUGUCCGAGAACGGCGGGCUGCCGGAGCGCCUGCAGCAAGUGUCGCUGCCGCUGAUCCCCUGGGAGACGUGCAAGCGGCGCUACAAGAGCAAGGGCUUCUCCAAGUUCCUGCACACGUGCCAGAUCUGCAGCGGCCGCGACCAGGGCGGCCAGGACUCGUGUCAGGGCGACUCGGGCGGCCCGCUGGCGUGCCGUGAGUCGGACGGCCGCUACUACCUGUGCGGCGUCGUGUCGUGGGGUAUCGGCUGCGCGCGCGCCGAGUUCCCCGGCGUCUACACCGAGGUGUCCUGCUACGCGCGCUGGAUCAACCAGAUCCUCUACAACGAGCGGCACGUCCUGGACCCCGAGAAGAACAACUACUACCAGCCGUACCAGCAGUACCAGCAGUACCAGCAGCACUACCAGCGCGGGGACGGCCCCGAGCCCGAGGCGGAGGUGCCCGUCCAGGAGGAGUAAGACCGCCUCGGCGCUACCCCGCGCCCCGCGGACCCUCAGCGCAUACCACCGGCUCGGCGACAACGUUGGACCUCGUCAGGACAAUUUUCUCCGGC